AUACAUCGAUUUGUUUUUUGUUUCACUGAUGCAAAAAGACGGCAAAUUAUGGGAUUUUGGUAUCACCCAUAGAAUCAGCAUGCGACUUCUUUUACAACCUUGGAAACUUUUAUCAGCAAUACUGUUGCUAAUAUUGGGCACACCGCUUUCUUAUGCGUUAUGGAAGAGUGAAAGUAAAAUCAAGGAAGCUGUUUUCCUUUCCCCUAAGUUUGAACUAGGACCAGGAUCAGUUGAAAAUAAAUUUUACUAUGAUAUAGACUUUCCAAGAGGCCAUAUUGCAAUCAAGAGUUUCAAUGGUGAAGUAAUUGAUGAAGAAGGCAAUUCUGUACCUCUUCAUGAAACUUAUCUCCAUCAUUGGGUUGUUGGUAGAUACCAUCAACGUAAAGGGGUGACACUCAGAAUUAAUGACGGCCUUAGUGAGUCAGGCCGAAAUCACUUUCUGGUGAGGAACAGUGGCAUCUGCCAGAGUAAUACCCUUGGACAGUAUUUUGGUCUUGGAUCUGAAACACGAGGAACAGCUACAGAUAUUCCAGAGCCUUUUGGUAUAGAAAUAGGUAAUCCUGCAGACAUUCCAGAGGGGUAUGAGGAGAAAUGGAUGCUUAAUGUGCAUGCCAUUGAUACUAGAGGCGUAGAAGAUAGGCUGGGGUGCACUGAGUGCAAGUGUGAUCUUUAUAACAUCACAGUUGACGAAUAUGGCCGCCCUUUGAAGCCGGAUUAUUUAGGUGGUCUUCUGUGCUGCUAUGAUAAAACUCAAUGCAGGGUGAAGAAAGGCAUUAAGGGACGAAGGAGAGGCCUCUACUUGAGAUAUACAGUUAAAUGGGUUGACUGGAGCGAUUUGAUAGUUCCUGUUAAGAUUUAUAUACUUGACGUGACUGAUAGUUUGCAAGUACCAAAUGGUUCAAAUUCAAAGGCCUUGAGUACAAAGCAUAACUGCAAGAUUGAGUAUCAAGUAGACUCUUGCUGCAAUAACCAGAAGGAUGGCAGUGGAUGCAUUGAUGUCAAGAGGACAAGCCUCCCAAUGCCAAGAGGUGGCUAUGUCAUCUAUGGUGUGGCUCAUCAACAUUCAGGUGGAACUGGUUCAAAUCUGUAUGGACAGGAUGGAAGGGUUAUAUGUUCUUCAAUACCAAUCUAUGGAACUGGAAAGGAGGCAGGGAAUGAAGAAGGCUACAUUAUAGGAAUGAGCACUUGUUAUCCUCAACCUGGUUCGGUCAAGAUAAUUGACGGAGAAAUUGUAACUCUAGAAUCCAACUACAGCCGCAUCAGCCGACCACACACUGGAGUUAUGGGGCUCUUCUACCUCUUGGUAGCAGAACAGUUGCCAGACCAACUCUUCCGACAUUCUUCUCGUGCUUCAUUAUUUGCAGAUAUAGAGAAUAUAUUUAACUGAGUCAAUUCGUAGCAUUUUAGAUAGGGUCCAAAUAUCACAGUACAUGCUGAGAGUAAAUGGGUAAGUGUAGUUCUAUGUUAUGCAUUAUUCCUCUGCUUUUGGUCCUUAUGUUUGGUUUCUCUAGUCAAUGUUCUUGAAGAGGUCGAGGAAGGGGCCUAUGUUUAUACUGUCGGUAAUUUCCAACAAUUGCCUUUAAAAGAAAAUCAGACUGCUGCUGUAAAAUGGGAACGUAACUGAUCUUAUAUUCUAUUAGCUUCCUA